AUGACUGGGUAUACCUUCGAAGAGAUUACGCGGAGCAAACCGGAAAAAUCUCUUGUCAAAGGUGCGAAACAGAAAGCCGGUCGGAACGCCAGUGGCCGCUUGACAGUGAGACGCCGCGGUGGAGGACAUAAGCGCCGAUACAGAGCCAUUGACUUCAAGCGAGACAAGUUUGGCAUCCCCGCCAAAGUUGCCACGAUUGAAUAUGAUCCAAAUCGGUCUGCGCAUAUCGCCCUACUACACUAUGUUGAUGGCGAAAAACGCUAUAUCCUCGCACCUGUCGGUCUUCAGGUCGGCGACAUGUUAACCUCAGGCGCAGACGCGGAAAUUCGGGUCGGAAACGCCUUACCACUUGAGAGGAUCCCACUCGGAUCGUCAAUCCACAAUAUAGAGAUGCAUCCGGGCAAAGGCGGCCAGCUCGUCCGGAGUGCUGGCGGUGCCGCGCAGUUAGUUGACAGAGAAGGUAAGUACGCUCGUAUUCGACUUCCCUCUGGCGAGGUUCGUCUCGUCCUCGUCCGAGCAAUGGCAACACUCGGACAGGUUGGCAAUGCCAGCAAGAUUGUCAUUGGUAAAGCCGGUCGUUCGAGGUGGCUCGGCAAACGUCCGAAGGUUAGAGGCGUGGCUAUGAAUCCAGUCGAUCAUCCGCAUGGUGGUGGUGAAGGAAAAAGCUCCGGUGGUAGGCAUCCGGUCACACCUUGGGGUGUUCCAACCAAAGGGUAUAAAACCCGAAACCCGAAGAAGAAAUCAAGCCGCUACAUUGUUGGAAAACGGAAAUAG